AUGUUCCGCCAGAGUAUCCGCCGCUUCGGCACGACCGCUCUCCGCGCCGCGGAAGCCUCCUACAACGUCCGGGUCUCACAGGCCCAGGGUGUCGUCAAUGGUCUGACGGAAGCAAUCGGCAACACGCCCCUCAUCCGGCUGAAGCGCCUCUCCGACGAAACAGGGUGCAACAUCCUGGGGAAAGCCGAGUUCCAGAACCCGGGGGGCAGCGUCAAGGACCGCGCAGCCCUCUUCGUGGUGGAGGACGCGGAGCGGCGGGGGCUCCUGAAGCCGGGGGGCACGGUGGUGGAGGGGACGGCGGGCAACACGGGGAUCGGGCUGGCGCACGUGUGCCGGUCGAAGGGGUACAAGCUGGUGAUCUACAUGCCCAACACGCAGUCGCAGGGGAAGAUCGACCUGCUGCGGCUGCUGGGCGCGGAGGUGUACCCCGUGCCCGCGGUGGCGUUCGACAACCCGGCCAACUACAACCACCAGGCGCGGCGGCAUGCCGAGUCGCUCGACAAUGCGGUCUGGACGAACCAGUUCGAUAACACGGCCAACCGCCAGGCGCAUAUCGAGACCACGGGGCCGGAGAUCUGGGCCCAGACCGCCGGGAAGGUGGAUGCGUUUACGUGCGCGACGGGGACCGGGGGCACGCUCGCCGGCAUUACGCGGUACUUGAAGACGGUGAGCGAGGGCAAGGUCAAGUGUUUCCUGGCGGAUCCCCCCGGGUCGGUGCUGCAUAGUUAUAUUCAGAGUGGCGGGACCUUGGUCGAGCGGUCGGGCAGCAGUAUCACGGAGGGGAUCGGGCAGGGUCGUGUGACGGAUAAUCUGUCCCCGGAUAUUGGGCUGCUGGAUGGGUCGUUGAAUAUCCCCGAUGAGAAGUCGAUUGAGAUGGUGUAUCGCUGUCUCGAUGAGGAAGGGCUGUACUUGGGUGCGAGCUCGGCGCUGAAUGUCGCGGCUGCGCAUGAGGUUGCGCUCAAGCUCGGUAAGGGUAGCACCGUCGUGACGGUCCUGUGCGAUGGCGCGUACCGCUACGCCGACCGUCUAUUCUCCAACUCCUGGCUGCAGGGCAAGGGGCUGCGCACGGCGAUUCCCAAGCACUUGGAGAAGUAUAUUGUGCUGCCUUAG